AUGAAGAAACAACCUAAAAUUGAUGGAUUUUUCAAAAGAAAACAUAUUGAAGUUACCUCAUCUGUACCUGAUUAUAAUAUUGAGACAAUAACAUAUGAAAAUCGUUCUGGAUCUCCAAGAAUUGAGACUAUUGAUAAUGAAGUUGAUAUUAGUACUUUAGAGCGCGACCCAGGGCUACGUCCGCAAAUAUGGAAUUAUCCUGUUAAUCAACAUGACGAAAUUCGACGAGCUUACAUUAACGUCGGUCCAUACCAACCUAUACUUUCCAAGUAUCCAAAAUCUGGAUCAGUAACUCAUCAGCGUAGCUUUCAAAGUUCAUGGUUCAAAUUAUUUCCUUCGUGGUUAGAAUAUUCACCUGUGAAAGAUGCAGCUUUUUGUCUACCGUGCUAUCUUUUUAACAAACCAUCUGGACAUUCUGGAAAAAAUGCUUUCACUCUUGAGGGAUUUCAAAGUUGGAAGAAAGUUAGAGAUGGAAAAAAUUGUUCUUUUCUAAAUCACGAGGGGAAAGAUCCUAACUCCCCCCAUAAGAUUGCUGAAAUAUCAUGUUUGGAUUUGAUGAAUCAAUCCCAGCAUAUACAGAAAGUCGUUGAGAAUUAUUCUUCCCAACAAAUUGCAGACAAUCGACUACAACUUAAGGCAACAAUUGAAGCAGUAAGGUGA